UUCAGUACAUGUUGUCUGCCUGCUCUUACGCGCACUGAAGUCAUACAAGGAAAAAGAAGUAAAGAAGAAAAAGAGUCAACACUGUAAAAGAAGAGCGUUUCGUGAAGCCACAUUGCCUCUGGGAAAUGACUCUGCCGUUGGUUGACAAGCAGGCUAAAGUGAAUGUGUUGGCCAAGGCUUUGUAUGACAAUGUUGCGGAGUCUCCAGAUGAACUGUCCUUUCGUAAGGGGGACAUCCUAACCGUGUUGGAACGCAACACACAAGGACUAAAUGGCUGGUGGCUCUGUUCACUCCACGGUCGCCAAGGCAUUGUUCCUGCCAACCGUCUUAAGAUCCUUGUUGGCAUGUAUGAUGGCAAAGAACCCGGCACGAUCGAUCCAACCUCAUCCUGUCAUAGCCCCCAACUGCAGCGACUCUUGCAUCCUGAACAUGUUCAGUACGCACCUAUGGCCUCAGUUUAUUCCACACCCAGUCCUGCACAGCCCAAAUCUGAUCCUGUCUACAUGAUUCCACCUAAGCACGGCCCUAAACCAAGCACCCAGAGUUUGUAUCAGGGUACUUCUGCCCCAAGUGGACCUCCUCUAAAGGUCAAGCUAAAAAACACCAUCAAGGCAGUUGGUCAAGGGACUGGCAAUGACGUGUACCAGGUUCCACACUCUCUGGACAAAAGGAUCUGGGAGGACAGCAAACCACUUGAUAAGGUGGUUCUUUCCACUCGAGCCUGUGAUACAGUGAACACUUACCAAGAUAAAUAUGAUCUUCCACCCAUGCGUCAACCGCCAUCCAAUCAAAAUAUAUAUGAUGUGCCUCCAACCCGUGAUCAAUACAAUACACAGGUUUAUGAUUUCCCACCCACAGUCAUUAGAGAUGAUCCUGACACUCAUCAAAUGAAAGAUGAAACCUAUGAUGUGCCAUCCCAUUUAAGAAAACAAACCCAAGGCUUCACUCCAGAAUAUGGCCAAAAUAUGGCCAGUCGUCCUAAUGAUGACAUCCAAGACAAUCCAAACCCUGAGGACGUGUAUGAUGUCCCACCUCCAAUGCUGAGCAACAAACAUUUAUAUGCAGACAGUACCAAAGUCAGCAAGCGGGCUGAGGAUAUCUACGACAUUCCAGUUAGCCUGCGCACUGGCAGUCACCCCAGCCGGGGUGUUUAUGACUUCCCAAGAGAGCAGGAGGAGAAGGGAAGGCAGAGGGAAGACAUGUGUGUCUAUGAUGUCCCACCACAGGUGACCCGUGAGGCCCAGGUCACUAGUGAGGAGCCCCACACGGCCUUCAAGCGACACUCAGCCUCAAGCACAGGAAGCACACUGAGCAACAACUCUGCUUCAUCCUCAGACAUGCUCUGUGACACAGAGUCAUCAGCCCCCAGCUUCUUUGCAGCAAAACCCCUUCUGUUGGACCUGGAGAAAGCCAUGGAGCGCCUUUCCCGUCUUCAACAAGCUGUGGACUUAAGUGUUGCUAUGAUGAUGUCAAUCAUCACAAGCAACUGGCGUAGUCCUGAUAAGCUGGAGGGGAAUCUUCCUGCCAUUCACCAGGCUGCUGAUGGAGUGUGCGCCACUCUGCGAGACUUUCUAGAAUUUUCGCACGGUGCUGUGGCAAAUGCCGGCCAAGCCACAGACCGCUCCUUGCAGACCAAAUUGGCCCAACAGGUGGGUAAAUUGGAGGAGGUCUUUCAGAGUGUAACUAUGCAGACUCAGAGUUUAGAUACCGUUUCUUGGACAGACCUCAUCAAAUCACAACCAAGUGGAGAUGUCUUAGAUCAACUAAUCAUAACAACCCGUGGGAUUCCAGAAGACACCAAACAGCUCACUUCUUUUCUGCAUGGCAACGCCUCUUUGCUUUUCAAACGGAGCCCCCAGCCACAGCUUCCUCCAUUGCCAGGACAGAUAAGCAGUCACAUGACAGGAAGUGGGAGCUAUCAAGCGGGAGAGAGGAUCAACAUUCAGUCACGGCCAUUACCGCCGCCACCAAAGUUUGCAGCUGCAGAGGAAGACACUGUUGUAGACGACUCUUAUGAGAGCACAGAAGGAUGGAUGGAGGACUAUGACUACGUUCAUCUACAGAUGAAACAGUCAGAGCGGCAGGAAGCGGGCCGACCAAUCAACAAGGACGUGACUGGACAGGACAACUCCUCUUCCAAGCUGUGCCUUGCUGACCGCCAACUCCUCCUUUUUUAUCUGGAGCAAUCAGAGCGGAACUUUGCAAGCGUGAACGACGCCAUCGCCGCCUUCUCCGCCGCCGUCAACUCCAACCAGCCGCCCAAGAUCUUUGUGGCGCACAGCAAGUUGCUCAUCAUCGCCACUUACAAGCUGGUCUUCAUCGGGGACACGCUCUCCCGUCAGGCCAAGUCACCUCGAGUGCGAGCCCAGAUAGGUCAGAACAGCAGCACACUAUGUAAUAAACUCAAAGACUUUGUUAUCAGUACCAAGGCGGCAUCACUCCAGUACCCGUCACCAGGAGCUUCCCGGGAGAUGAGUGAGAGGGUGAAGGAGCUGGCAGGAUGUACACACACAUUCAAAAAGGUUUUUGGACAGUUGGCGAUGGUUUAAUUGGCCAGGAGGAUACAUGUGAUUGACAGAACAAAGGAACCUACCUAAUCUACACUAGAGUGAUGUAUAUUGGUGUACUAUCACUACUACUACUACUACUACUACUACUAUCUGUACUAUUGUGUAUACCUUUCCCUGGGCACGUUUUAAUUGCAGAUGGACAAAAUCAAUACUUUCAGUGGGCUUAAAUGUGAUUGUUAUGACUUCUAAAAUAUGUAUAUUUUUUGUAAAGAAGUAAUGCACCUUUUUUUUUAGAGCCUCACCAUGUUGGAAAGGUUUCCUUCCAUAAGAAAAGUUGCCCAGACCAUACUUAUCUCUUUUUUGUGCUGCUAUAUGAGAUAUAUAAUUAUAAUAUGUAAUCAUUUUGGAAUGUUUGUACAAUUAACAUGAAUAUGUGUACAGUGACUGGAAACAGAUGCACUUUUGCUUGUUUAGUUUAGUAUGUGCUAAGAGUCAGAAAGAAAUACUUUGCUAUACAGUCGUCCCUCACUACAAAUAUUGUGGCGUCAACACAUCGUGGAUAAUUUUCAAGCAUAUUCUCCAAUUUCAAGCAUCAAAGUAGCGAAAUAAACCAAAAAUAACAAUACUAAAGUAGCAUAGGCCACUAGAGUAGACCAAAACAAAUCAGAGCGUUCUGUUUAGUAUUGUGGCUGCUGAUUGGCUGAGCCUCAGGCAGCAUUACUAUUGUGGAUUAAGAGUGAAAAGGUGACUAAAUGUUGUUGUUUCAUAUCUAGAAGGCUCUCAGAAUGUAAAAACAUCUUUAGAAGGUCGUAAACAGGGUUUUUAUGCUCUAGGCAUGAAAAUAUUGAAUUUAUGAAUAAUGAUUGCUACUUUGCUGAAAUGUAUUUGUUCGAAACCAAUUAACAGCUAUAAACGAGGGACGACUGUAUUUACCCAAUCUUGUAAAAAAAAGUGGUUUGACGACAGUUCUUCUUUGGUCUGGGUUCUUGGUCGGUCAUUCCAAAUCAUUCACUGUCUUUUGGGGAACUCUUUCUUUUGUUCAUUUUAAUAUUCCAGACCUAAAGCUCAAGUUUAAGCUAAACAAAACCACCAUACAGGUAUGGUGUGCAUAUUAAGGUUGUAGUCAUGGUUGGAUACUUACCAGUGCUCACAUGGAUGUCAAAUAUUUUUGUAUCAUUUAAUAAUGAACAACUAGAAGUCAUUGUAGUUGUGAAGUUUUUGAGGCCUUACAGGCAAACAUGGGUUUACCUUCUGCCAUCUAGUGGAACAGCAUUAAAUUGCCUGCCACUAUACGUCACUGACAUAGACAAAACAACAACAAAAAAAUAAAUUAAGGAUCAUUUUCAAACAAAUGACUUGGAAUUACACCCAGUGAUGACAGUAGUUGGGAAUCCCUCCAUUAGACACUUUACCAUCAUUGCAACUAAUAAUUAACUAUCAAAACUGACAUACUUUAAAAUGAAAUAACAUACAUUAUAAGGAAUCAUUAAGAAAGUUGUGUAGUUGUUUGUAUAGUUUUGCACUUUUCUGGAGGUGUCAGUCAAAUGUUUUAUAUUUUAAGGGAGGGAAUGUUUGGGAAUUGGGUUAGAUUUGGUCCGAAGUUUUAAAGAAGAAAAGAAACAAACAAGGAGAAGUUAGAAGAGCUGGACUAAUUUAGGACCUUUCUGCCAGAGGAUUCCAAGGAGUAGACUGGCCUAUCUUCCAAGAUAUUAAGUUGAUCGUUAUGUUUAUGUGUAUUCAACUGUAAAUGUCACCAUAUUUUAUAAUUGAUUGCAUCAUUAUUGAACAAGAAGUUUCAUUGUCUGAUGUUUUAAUCCACUUAACACAUUCUGAAUAGGCAACGUCUCUCCAACCUACAGCCUUCCCUUGAUUAUCACUCUUAAUUGCUUCCAGACAUGACUGCAAUAAAUUAAUUCCCACCAAGUACGAAUUAUUUAUUGUAAAUCAAAUAUAGCUAGAGGAUAAAAAACACUUCAUGACCUUUGAAAUAAAUGUUUCAUGAAAACCCCUACAAACAGAAAAUACCUUUAAACUGUGGAAUCCAAUAUAGUAAUGCUGUCUGAGGCUGAGCCAAUCAGUGCCUACGAUACUGAACAGCGCGCUCUGAUUUCGUCUCAUGGCCAAAUACUACUGACGUAUUGGUAUUUUGUUAUUUUAGUCAUUUUUAUGUUUGAAAAUGUUUAAUUUAGGACCAAAAAAUGUGGAAUAUGCUUUAUAAAAUAAAGUGGCGGGCCGUGUGUUUCCCACCUUGGCC